UCAGUAACGGAUGCAUUAACGGAUGCCGUGUUGCAUAAUUCUAUUGCAAAUCCGGAGAUUUUAACCCUUUUGGAUAUUUCCUCCUCGGUGGCUUGGACUGUAGCCUCCUGAUGGAUAUCUUGUUGUGGGGCGAUUAGAUUCAGCUCCAGCACACGCAAUUUGGCAGGAGCUUGGGAUGAUGCGAAGGGUAGACCAAGGGGGAGAGAGACGGAGAGAGUGAAAAAGCUGGCAUUUGUUGUUCAAUGAUCGGGCUGCUGGCAGAGGGUUGUAGAGCAAUUGAGGUUUGGGGUUGUUGGGGUGAGGAGGGCUCCCUGAAUCCAUAGCCGGGUGGAGCAUGACAGGGAGUGGUACAAACAUGGCGUGCAGGGAGGCUUUUCAUGCGGGCACUUGGUAUACUGACGAUGAGAUCGGCAUCCUAUCUCAAAUAUCAUGAGCUGAUUCUCGCACGCUGUAUUAUUUUCCCCAUAGCUGAGGAGUUGACCCAGGAACUGGAUCAGUGGCUUCGUUCAUCAGGGCUACCCAAGCUCGCUAAUGCUCGUGCCGUCAUAGCUCCGCACGCUGGCUAUCGAUACUCGGGACAUUGCGCAGCUUACGCUUUUGCUAAUAUUGAUCCGCAACGUGUACAGCGGGUAUUUCUUCUAGGGCCUUCUCAUCAUCACUUCACAAGGAAGUGCUGCUUGUCAAAAGUUUCCGUUUACAAGACCCCACUCGGAGACCUUCCAAUCGACAAUGAAGUUUACGAAGAACUUCGAGCAAGCGGCAGGUUCGAGGAUAUGGACGUUAGUGUUGAUGAAGCGGAGCACAGCAUGGAGAUGCAUUUGCCUUACAUCGCCAAGGUCUUCCAGGGGACUUCUGUGAAAAUCGUGCCGAUCAUGGUAGGUGCCACCACACCUGCUACUGAAGCUACUUAUGGACGGCUAUUGGCCAAGUACAUUGACGAUCCGGCCAACUUCUUUUCGAUAUCUUCAGAUUUCUGCCAUUGGGGAUCACGGUUUGGGUACCAGUAUUAUGAGAAGAAACGGGGUCCCAUUUACAAGUCCAUUGAAGCCCUGGACAAGUGUGGCAUGGAUAUUAUUGAAACUGGCGAUCCAGAUGCCUUUCAGGAGUAUCUGAGCGAGUUCGAGAACACAAUUUGUGGGCGGCAUCCCAUCGGAGUUUUUCUCCAUAUGCUGAAGCAUUGUUCAACUCGGACGCGUAUCAAGUUUUUGCAAUACGAGCAAUCAAGUCAGUGUAAAAGCAUGCGUGACAGCAGUGUCAGCUACGCAUCUGCCGUAGUUACAGCAUUGACAUAAAUGCCUCACAUGUUUAGGAAGGGCCUUGGCUUUCAUAAUGCCCCUUCCAGCAACUUGAUCGCCAUUGCAACUCCCUGUAGCACGCAGAGAACUGCUGGGCUCCCAUUUGGUGCACGCAUCAACAAAACUCGUUAACAAUGUGAGGUUGUCCAUCUGAAAUCUGACAGGUACGUCCAUCACGGAUGGUGGGGCUGUCUGUUUUCGUCGUCCAUGUCCAUUGUUUAGAGUGCUCAUUUAUAGUUGCUGUCAAGUUACUCGGCAAGUGGUGCACUCUUUUGUCCCAUAGAAGUUUCUUAACCUUACCUUGCACUCCAACUCUUGUCACCAUAACCUGCUCUAACUAGCUAUUUAGAGCAAGAGUGCUAUUACACAAUAUGCAAGAGUUUAUUCAGAGAAGUUUUAAGACGUGCAAAUAAAUUUCUUGUGCGAUGCCUUACAAAUGUGAAUCUCGGAAAUCAAGCAUAUCCCUAUUGUCAUAUGGGUUUGAAUUUUCA